AUGGCCGAUGGCGACAAGAAAGCUGCCGUAUCAGCAUGGUAUCGCAAGCUUUAUUCACGAACGGUCGAUCUGGUAGGUGAUUACGCCGGAGAAGAGUUUUUCGUUGUAGACGGCGACUCGCUUUUACUGGAGGCUUUCAGGAACGAUAAGUUGGACUUCUCUCCAGGUUUCCAGCUUCUUCACGCCGUACAUCUUGUCGAGAAGUUCUUGCGAUCUCUUUCUCAAAGAAAAUGUCACUUCCAUGUUGUGUUUUUCAACGACCAAGCGUCAACGUGUGUACCAGUCAAUUGUGCGUCGUCCGAUUGUCACAAGUAUCAACUUGCACGAGAGGUUAUCAUCCAGCAUCUCGCUCGGAACUCUCCCGCGAGCGGCUCUGAAAUCGAAUUACAUCGAUUUGAAUCUGUUCGCUCCCGUGCUUUCGAGCAAUACUUGGAAGCUACAGGUGCAUAUUUCUUUAUGUGUCACGAUGGAGCAGAUGCUCCUACUAGCUCAGCAUAUAUCAUGCGCUCAAUGAUUAUGCGAUUAACGCAGAACGGCUAUAACAUAGCACUUGUUAAUGGCUUAGAAUUCAGGGAUACGAAAGUCAUGGCAAUGGUAGUAGAAGGUAGAGCUAAUGACAAUGUUAACGACAUAGCCUACAACAGUGAUAGAGAACCAGCGCCUAAGAAUAACGGCACUGAAGUUGAUCCAACUACUCUCACACGGCUUCUUGGACCAUUGAGUGCAACUGAGGAAGAAUCACCAGUUUCUCAACGCCGCCUACUCACGCUAGCCAUCAUUUCCCACAUGGUGCAGAAUGAUGCUGUCGGGAAACAGGCCGACCUCAUAUCCGCUACAGUGUUACAUACAGUCCUAUUAGAGAAUCUGAGGCUACAAGAUAGGCAAACCAAGUCUGUAAAGCCUACCAAAGAAGCCGAAGACUUUCUUGCUGUCUUUUGUUCUCAUGCCGUGACCCUGCUUGGAUCUUCAGGUUGGAAAUCAUGGGUGAGUGAAACGUCGCCAAAGGCAGAUAUUGCAGACCUAUUUGACGGUCGCAUCUUCAAUGAGGCGACUGAGCUCUUCAAGAAUGCUUCAAGUAAAGUCGACGUCGGUAGUACCAUCGAGACAUGUUAUAGAACCUUUUGCAAGAAAUUGAAUAGAAUUCAACUCCUCGAAGUUUCAACAGCUGGGAAAGGUAGUGGCGCCGUUGCACCUCAGAGAGCCCGAAAAGAUCAUGGCGCAAUCGCCGGCGUCCUCCCUUUCUACAACGCUGUGUUCGACCCUCAUCUGAAGCCUGUCAGUAUUGUCGCGGAUACCGCGCAGUCAGAAGCUUCGCCUAGUGUUUCGGAUCGUAUAUUUAAGGAAUUAAGCCAUUGGCAUAAUAGCAAAGUGCCCAUGAACGUAAAACUCGUUGCGGAGCAGACAGAACGACAAAAGCAACGUGCCCUGCGCAGGAAUCAACUGUUCAUGGCCGAAAUUCAGUCAUACGCAGCCAGCUUGACCAAUUCGGCAGGUGGACGUCUGGAGCCUGAGACAGUGUUCGUCAAGGCAGGCGAAAAGGUCCCCAAGAAAGCAAAUAAACCCGAAUCUCGUCAAACACCAGGUAAAAUGGGGGCGGUUUCGAAGAACACAGUACGAGCAGAUGCGGCCGCGGCACACCAACAGAGUAUCGAAAAGAGCCAAGCGAGACUGUUCGCAAAUUGGGAGACCAAGCGCCAGGAGCUUGCCCACGAUCCGAGCCUCACAAGUCGAUACUUGAAAGCCGGAAAAUAUCUAGCUACCCGCCCAAAGGAUCAGCGACCUGUUGUUGAAGCCAGUAUCCGUGCCUAUCAAAUCCAAUGCCUCUGGCAAAUCUACGUGGACCUGUGCAAGGCAGGUAAGGAGAACGACCGCCUAUCAGUGGCUGCGUUAAUAUACAACAACUUCGGGCUACUGUCCAAAGUUAAGCAAGGCAUCACAGAAGACAUCAUUGAGUUUGUGUCCGCAAUAUCACAAGUUCUUGGACUGGCCGACCUGGGACUGGCCAAGCUAAAAAUGGAGUCUCAGAACAAAGCAAAGACCGGGUUUCUCUCCACGCAUAACAUAAACUCGGAAUCCAAGCUUGGGCUAGGUGCGACAGAAUUCCAACUGAUGCACACAGGUCCUUACCUUGACCGUAAUAUGGGAUCUGCACCAGAUGACAGAGUACAGGAUUUCGAGCCUGAUGAGUGGCAACGUCGUGUUCUAGACGCCAUUGAUGAGAGAAAAAGUCUGCUAGUAGUAGCCCCGACGAGUGCCGGGAAGACCUUUAUCUCAUUCUAUGCUAUGAAGCAAGUCCUCGAAGAGGACGACGAUGGCGUGCUGGUUUAUGUUGCCCCUACUAAAGCACUGGUGAAUCAGAUCGCUGCAGAAGUGGUUGCAAGAUUCAAGAAAUCUUCGUUCAAGCACGCAGGUGGAAAAUCAGUUUGGGCUAUUCAUACGCGAGACCAUCGUAUCAACAACCCAACAGGCUGUCAGGUACUGGUCACCGUACCACAUAUACUCCAGAUAAUGCUUCUCGCGCCUUCCAACGCUAAAGGUUGGUCUCAACGAGUAAAGAGCAUAAUUUUCGACGAAGUGCACUGUAUUGGGCAAGCAGAGGACGGCAUCGUUUGGGAACAACUCCUGCUCAUGGCUCCCUGUCCCAUUAUUGCCCUCUCCGCCACGGUGGGAAACCCGAAGGAAUUUCACGGUUGGUUACAAUCCACACAGGAUGCCAACAAACGAGAAGUUGCAUACAUUGAACAUCGCCACCGCUAUUCCGAUCUUAGAAAAUACAUCUACAAUGCACCACAGCAGUUUGACUUUAGAGGGUUUGAAGAGAAGCCGCUGGUCACGAUAUCUCCUCUAGGCCUUGAUGGAGCUCGGGGCCUCGCAUACAUGCAUCCUAUUUCUAGCAUCGUCAACAGGUCACGCGGCAUGCCAAGUGAUUUGACUCUUGAGGCAAGAGAUUGCUGGUUUCUUUGGAAAGCUAUGUCCAAAUUUGCAAACUCGGAAUACCCAGUAUCUUCUGAACUGGAUCCUGUGAACGCCCUUCCGUCUUACGUUCGUAAGGCGGACAUUAUUGAAUGGGAAGUCAAAUUGAAGGGCUUACUGAAGAAGUGGAUAGAUGAUAAUGAGUCGCCAUUUGACAAGGUAUUGCGAGAGUUAGAUCGCUCGGUUGAGAGUGUUAAGUCACCCGAGGUACAAAUUUCUCAGGGCCCCGAUACCCAGAGCACUCUCACCAAGAUCGACCCAAACAACGUUAUAUCCUCCACUUUACCACUCAUAUGCACUUUGCGCGAAAACGAUGCACUACCGGCUCUCUUCUUCAAUUACGACCGAGGCCAGUGCGAGGCUGUGGCUCACCAUCUUCUCGAUACAUUGAAGGAACAAGAGGAUAAAUGGAAGAAAACCAGCCCAGCGUGGAAGAAAAAACUCACCGAAUUCGAGGCACACAUGAAGGCGAAGGCGAAACAGCCCAGAAUAGCCGCCAAGUCUAAGAAAGGGCGUGACACCGAAGAAGGUCUGUCUAAAGCCGAUAUGGAACGGGAUAGGGCCGAAACGGAGCGAAGCAAGUUUGACUUCUUCGACCCAGAGGGCAUGGUUGACGGGUUCCAUCUUGCAGAAGUCAAGGCAGUGGAUCCAGAAGAAUUACUAAAGUACCGCAAGCAGCUUGCUUAUCGCGACAUCCCGGCUUGGCUCAUUGACGCUCUUGAGCGGGGAAUAGGCGUCCAUCAUGCGGGUAUGAAUCGAAAGUAUCGCCAGAUCUGUGAAGUCCUUUUUCGAACGGGGUAUCUUCAGGUCGUCAUUGCGACUGGCACUUUAGCCUUGGGUAUCAAUAUGCCUUGUAAGACUGUUGUCUUCUCGGGCGACUCGAUCUACUUAACAGCGCUAAACUUCCGUCAAGCAGCUGGUCGUGCUGGUCGUCGAGGAUUUGACCUUCUGGGAAAUGUAAUAUUCCAGGCUGUACCAUAUCCUAAGGUUUGUCGCCUCUUAAGCUCACGUCUGCCGGAUCUGAAUGGCCACUUCCCAAUCACAACCACACUCGUACUCCGCCUGUUCAGUCUCCUUCAUAACUCGGGAGACUCCAGAUUCGCCCAGGAUACGAUAAACUCGAUAUUAUCUCAGCCGCGAAUCUACCUAGGUGGAAACGAAGCGAGACAUACUGUACUGCAUCACUUGCGCUUCUCUAUUGAGUAUCUAAGACGAAACUUCCUGCUCGAUAAAUCUGGCCAAGCUAUUAACUUCGCUGGCACAGCCUCAAAUCUAUACUUCACCGAGAACUCCGCUUUUGCCUUCCACGCUCUUCUAAAGGCCGGAUACUUCCAUUCGGUCUGCAAGGACUUCCCAAAGAACAGUGAUACUAUCAUGCUACAGCUAAUGCUUGUGCUGUCUCAUCUCUUCGGACGACAUCAUCUACCGGCCUCUAGAGUCGAAUCCAUUAGGGAGUCUGUGAAAGGUAGCUCGGCUUCGAUCGUAAUUCUGCCUAACCUGGAUGAGGUUGCUGCGAAGCAUCUACAGGACCACAACAAGCAAACACUUGCUAUCUACAAAGCAUAUGUUCAGACUUACGUGAACCAACAUCUCAUAAACACUCCCGACAAUGCGCUUCCCCUGACGGGAAUGAAAUUUGGUGGUAAUGUGUCGGCCUCGGAGCGCGGAUCGGGCCACAGCGCGCUACCACCAGUAUCUUCGAGCUCACCCUUUGUUGCCCUCUCUGGGUUCUCAGAGACAGAUGUUAAGUCGAUCCCGGACUUAUGCUCUACAGUUCGCAGUGGCGUCUUUCUUGAGCAAGCUGUUAUUCCAUAUAUCACCGUGAAUGACGGCCAUCUCAAUGCCUACCUAUAUGACUUCUUCAAGCACGGGAGUACCGAAGACCUCGAGCGCGCCAACGGCGUCCGCAAGAGCGAAGUCUGGUUUCUCCUCAAAGACUUCUCGUUGAUAUUAGCAACGAUCGUCACUUCGUUCCAAAAUUACCUAAAGCUUUCUCCCAAUGCCGAUCUUGAUAUGCUAGAUAUCACCGACGUCGGUGAUCGUAAAGAGGAAGCGGUGGACGAUAAAGCAGAGAAUAUCGCCAACGUUCCGGAUCCUACCGACACACCGAAGCUGAACCCAAUCGCUGCAAAGAAGGAGGAGAUGGCUCAAAUUAUUGCGAGUGCCGCGCCCAAAAAGAAGAAGAAGGUUGCCGAUAGCUGGGACGACGAUGUCAGUGACGUCGAAGACGAUGCCCCUGAUAGCUGGGAUGCCGACAGUGAUGAUGAUGGAGAUGAUUCCGGUGCGAACAGCAAAAAGGGCGACCCGGAGGAAACUGAAGAGGAGCGUGGAUUUCCGAGUGUACUGGCUGCUUUUGCAGCUCUGCAGAAGGAAUUUGAUGCGAAGUUCAUGGAGAUGUGGGCCUAG